AUGGCUAGGCUUGCGCAGAACAACACGAACCGGAGCCUCGAGUCGCUGCUGGACAUGGACAAGUCCGCGGCCAUGGCCAAGGACGCCGUGCCACCCCUGAGGAAGAUGAUCCCUGGCCAUGGGCUCGAGUUCAGCGGCCUCUCCUACAGUAUCAUCAAGAAGCAGAAGAAGGACGGCGUGUCGGUCAAGAAAGAGGCGUACCUCCUCAACGACAUCUCGGGCCAGGCGAUGAGGAGCGAGGUCAUGGCGAUCAUGGGGCCCAGCGGGGCAGGGAAGUCCACGUUCCUCGACGCGUUGGCGGGGCGGAUUGCGCAGGGGAGCCUCCAAGGUUCAGUCAGGAUUGAUGGGAAGCCGGUGAGUCGCACGAUAAGGAUGAUCUCAUCCUAUGUUAUGCAAGAUGAUCAGCUCUUUCCGACGUUGACCGUCUUCGAGACGUUCAUGUUCGCUGCUGAGGUCAGGCUUCCUCCUUCGAUCUCCAGGGCCGAAAAGCGGAAGCGCGUCCAUGAUCUCCUCGAGCAGCUUGGCCUCCAGAGCACGACUCAUACACGUAUCGGUGAUGAGGGUAGAAGAGGAGUGUCGGGAGGGGAGCGGCGAAGGGUUUCCAUAGGAAUCGACAUCAUCCAUAAGCCGUCGCUGCUGUUUCUCGACGAGCCCACCUCCGGUUUGGACUCCACGAGCGCCUACAGCGUCGUUGAGAAGGUGAAGGACAUAGCUCGAGGCGGUAGCAUCGUGCUCAUGACCAUCCACCAGCCUUCCUAUAGGAUUCAGUUGCUCCUGGACCGCAUCACAGUCCUGGCAAGGGGAAGGUUGAUAUAUAUGGGGAGUCCUCUGGCGUUGCCUACUCACCUUUCCGGAUUCGGAAGGCCAAUUCCCGAGGGCGAGAACAGCCUCGAGUACCUCCUAGAUGUGAUCAAGGAGUAUGACGAGUCGACCAUCGGCCUCGAUCCGCUCGUGCUGUACCAAAGAGAUGGCAUCAAACCUACCCAAGAAGCUAGGACCCCAGUUAGAAAGACACCGAAAGGGCCGAAAACUCCGAAGACUCCUCGUGGACACACCCCUAGUUCGAAGCUCAAUCUCCGCUCUCAGACCUACACUCCUAGAGGGCAGAAGACUCCUCGAUCUGACUCUGAACAGUUCGACUACUUAGAAGACGAAGACGACGACGACAACGACGAAUUCGACAACUCGCUGGAGCGCAAAGCGAUACAGACACCAAUGCACUCGCAGAGCGGUGUGCACCCAAGAUUGGCGUCCCAUUUUUACAAAGACUUCUCUGUCUGGCUCUACAAUGGCGUCAAGGGGACGCCACAGCGCCCACCAUCCUGGACUCCGGCCAGGACUCCUGGGCGGACGCCUGGAGGUAAGACGCCGAUGUACGGCUCCCAAAGUCAAAUCUCGAGCCAGUGCCCCACUCCUCAGCACAGCCAUCCUCGGCCCAAGACCCCGCUGGCAUUCGGCCCCGACCCGGACCCAUCUUACGUUACUUCCUAUGAGGAGUUUGAGAUGGAAGUCCUCGAUGAGCCCGACCACAGUCCGAAAUUCGCAAAUCCAUGGCUGCGUGAGGUCGUGGUCCUGAGCUGGCGCACCGCGCUCAAUGUGGUUCGCACGCCGGAGCUCUUCCUCUCACGCGAGAUCGUCCUUGCGGUCAUGGCGCUGAUCCUGUCCUCCCUCUUCAAGAGCCUUCACUACCGCAAUACCAAAACCAUCAACCGCCUCCUCAAUUUCUACAUCUUCACCGUCUGCCUGGUUUUCUUCUCCUCUAAUGACGCCGUCCCGACCUUCAUCCAAGAGCGCUUCAUCUUCAUCCGAGAGACGUCCCACAACGCAUACCGAGCUUCGUCCUAUGUCAUCUCGUCUCUCAUCGUAUACCUCCCCUUCUUCGCGGUCCAGGGCCUCACAUUCGCGAUUAUCACCAAGUACAUCCUCCGCCUCCAGAGCAGCCUCCUCUACUUCUGGAUGAUCCUGUUCGCCUCCCUGAUCACUACCAACGCCUACGUGAUGCUCGUGAGCGCCCUCGUCCCAAGCUACAUCACGGGAUACGCUGUCGUCAUAGCAACCACAGCUCUCUUCUUCCUCACUUGCGGCUUCUUCUUGAAGAGAUCACAGAUACCAGUAUAUUGGAGGUGGCUCCAUUACAUCUCUGCCAUAAAGUAUCCAUUUGAGGCACUGCUAACAAAUGAAUUCAAAGGGGGCCACUGCUACAAUGGCACUCUAUCAGAUCUCUCGCCGGGUCCUCUAGGAAAUUUCACGCCUAGCUUGCUGCAUAUUAACAGCGGUAAUUUCGGCCCAACUUGCGUCGUGAUGGGACAGGACGUUCUGGUCACAAUGGACAUCGACAUGACGAAUAUCUGGUAUGACAUCGUCAUUCUGCUGGCGUGGGGAGUUCUUUACAGGCUCUUCUUCUACGUGGUCCUGAGAUUCUACUCCAAGAACGAGAGGAAGUGAAGUUUUUUAUUUCGGUAAUGCUCCUUGUGUUCUAAGCCAUGCUAUUCCUUCAAUAUACUUUGAAAUAUAGGCAUUCAGAUACUGGCACUGCCCAAAAGUGUAGAAUGGUAAAAACAGAACUGAUUCUAUAUGUCGUUCACAAUAAGCUUUUGCCAUAAAUGAAACCAAGCUACAUUUCUCUUAUAGAAAUAUUACUCUCAUGCAAUACGUGCCAUCA